UCCGUUCCCUUCCCGCCCCGGCUGGCGGCCCGGCUAGAGCAGCGGCGGGCCCCGCGGGAGCCGGCCCCAGCAUGUGGACCGCGGCGCGGCGGCCAUGAAAGCCGGCACCAUGAGGAUCCGCAGCAAAGGCCAUCAUCCGGCAGGUGGUAUCCAAAUAAAAAAUGAGAAGAAUAGACCAUCUUUGAAAACUGUGAAAAAUGAUAACAAAUCAGAAAAGUCUAAAUAUAAGCCACUCUGGGGAAAAGUCUUUUAUCUUGAUUUGCCAUCUGUUGUGAUAUCUGAAAGGCUGGAAAAGGACCUCAAGGAACUAGGAGGGAGAGUUGAAGAAUUUCUCAGCAAAGAUAUAAGUUAUCUAAUUUCAAAUAAAAAGGAAGCAAAAUAUGCUCAGACAUUGGGGUGUAUUUCUCCUGUCCCAAGUCCGGAAUCAACAUAUACAGGAGGAAAUACUUCACCUCAUCCUAGCUGUGAUGGAAGUUCAUUCAAGACUCCAGAUCCAGUAUGUAUGAGCAGAGGAAAAUUAUUAGUUGAAAAAGCUAUCAAGGAACAUGAAUUCAUCCCUUCAAAUAGCAUAUUGUCAAAUGCUUUAUCCUGGGGAGUGAAAAUUCUUCAUAUUGAUGAUAUUAAAUACUAUAUUGAACAAAAGAAAAAAGAAUUGUAUCUGAUCAAGAAAUCAAGCACAUCAAUACGAGAAGUGGGAAAACGAUUGGGUGUUCAGAAAACAAAAACAGGAAGGCUCAAAAAGCCAUUUGUAAAGGUGGAAGAUUCAAGUCACCAUUACAGACCAUUUUAUCUUCAGUUGUCCAAUAUACCUCUUAUAAACUAUUCCGUCCCUAAGCCUUGCAGCCCUUUUGAUUUGGAUAAAACAUCUAGUCUGCAGAAACAAAUGCAAGCUAAGCAAAGGAACAGAACUGGUUGUGAAGCUGAUGAAGGGCGCUGCACCCCCGCACAGCCCCGCCUGCGAGAGAACAAGAGGAAAGGUUACUGUGAGUGCUGCUCCCAGAAGUAUGAGGCGCUCCAGGCCCAUCUUCUAAGUGAACAACACAGAAACUUUGCACAGAGUACUCAGUAUCAAGUUGUUGAUGAUAUCAUAUCGAAGUUGGUGUAUGAUUUUGUAGAAUAUAAAAAUAAUAUAUCCAGAAGAGUAAAAUGCAGUAUUGGAUCUUUUGCCCCCAUUACUGGAAAUACUUUUAAAAGGAAUGAACCUGAAAAGGAACUGGAAUUGCACUGUGUUUCCCCUAAUGACCCUCAGGGAAAUCCUACCAAACAGGUGAUAAAACAGAAUUUCCAAUAUCAAGAAAGCAAGGAUCCUUCACAGAAAGUUGCCUUCAGUUCAGAGCCUAUAGAUUCAUUUGCUUCAUGCAGCCCAUGUCCUUACAAUUCAACAAGCAAGCUUGGAGAGCAUUUGGAUUGUAGAAAGUCUUCUAUAAUAAAUCCAGUGAAAGAGAACAUUAAGCUGGAUUUGGUACAACUACCUCUGAAUAAUGAUACGCAGGGAUAUACUCCUGAAGUUUCUGACCAUAAAGGAAUUAGAAAUGAAAAAGACUUAGAAGAAUUAAAAACAGAAUACUGCCCAUAUAUCCUAGAGACAUUUAUGCACGUUUCUGAUUUUGAUGAAACAGACAAAAAUGUAUCUCAACUAAAACGAAAGUCAGAUAGUACACUUUUUCCAGAUACCUGUCAGAAGAAGAAAGGCACUAGCUCCCCACAUCGUAAUGAUUCUAGUCUUAGAGUCAUUAGCAAUUCACCAAAACAAUCAAUAGGUCAAGCCAAGAUAGUAUCCUAUAGUCCUUCUGGUGAAGAACCCAAACAAGUGGAUGACGAAAGUACAGACAGUUUACCUUCAGGGCGGCUGCACCGCAAAGUAAAAAUUGUAUUAGGAAGAAAUAAAAAAAGAAGUCAGAAGAAAAAUGUUGAAUUACAUUUAAAGAACAAAACAGAAUUUCCUGCUACAAAGGAAGAAAACAGUAUUCGUAGUUCACCAGUACAGUCUUUAGUGGAAUUAUUUCAAACCAGUGAAGACAAUUCUGAGUUUUUGGGUUUUACAAGCUGUUCUGAAAACCAUGGUUCGUGUGAUGUUUUAGAAGUUUGGGAAGAAGAAACUGGAAAUAGUUUAUUGUCCAUGUUUCUCUCUUCCCCUUCUUCAACUUCUACAUUUACUGGGUUUUAGAGGAGUAUUUUUUUUGUUUUUUGUUUUUAAUUUGUAAUUUUUUCACAAAUGGCGAGGAUUGUAUUCCUGAAAAUAUUUUUAUAUAUAUGUAAAAAUUUUUGUUUUAUUAUUUGUGUCACCUGUACAUUUAAAUAACCAUAUGUAAAUAUUAAAAAUAAAGAUGAUUAUUAGUAUUUUCCUAAGAAUGAAGUACUUUUACAUAAGUAAAUGCAACUGAAGCUAAGGUAUCUGCUACCUCUUGCAUAUUGUUAACAUAAUUUCUAAAUAAAAUUGUUUCUAAAUAAUCAAUUAAUUAUGAACUUGCGCUGCAAGAAAAUGAUUUGCACUGGAAACAUAAUUUUGAGUAACAGAAUUUAUAUAAAAACUAGUGUCUCUCAUUUGGGUGUUGUAAUAAAAUUUAUUUUAGAUCUGGGACAUGCAUAGCACUGAUAACUACAUAUCAUGAUAAAGGGAACAUGUUUACAAAUGGAUGAAUGAGUGUUGCCUUAAGAGCUAAGCUUGGUUCCUGUUGAGCAUUGUUUUCUAAGGUAUGUCUCGUUGUUUGUCCUUUGAUUUUCUUGAACUGAGUAUGUGCCAGUACAAUAAAAACAAGGCUCCCUAGUGGA